AUGCGGCUUCUGCGCAUGUGUGAAACUGCGGGGGGAAUAAUCCAGGAAGUGGACGCGGAUGUUUUCCCCAGGAUGAUGAAAACAUCUCCGCUUUUCUCAGUUUCUCUGGAUUUAAACAACGUCUACUGAAUUUCACUGCACCUGUAACUCAGCUCCUAUGGAACAACUAUGAAGGCAGCUCGCAGCAACAUGUUGGGAGCAGCAGGUUCCAACAGUAAAGUGAAGUAUUCCCGUGUGGCUGCUGAUGACGACGGAUAUAUAGACUUACAGUUUAAGAAAAGUCCACCAAAGGUUCCGUACAAGGCCAUUGCUCUGGCACUGUUCCUGUUUCUCAUCGGCUCCUUGCUCAUCGUCUUCGGGGCUCUUCUGCUGUCAGGAACCAUUCAAGUGGAGCAUCCGGACCGUACCAUUCCCGUCAUCAUCAUCGGGUUGCUCGUCUUCCUCCCCGGGUUCUACCACCUGAGAAUCGCCUACUACGCUGCCAAAGGUUUCCGUGGUUACUCGUACGACGACAUCCCCGACUUUGGUGACUGAUGUGAGCGCUGGCUGCUGAUUGGUGGAGACGCCGCUGCCGUGACGUCACGUCUGUGAAUGUUUGUAGCAAAAGAGAAAAAAAAAAAAAAAAACGUCGCCUCCUGUUGAUCCACAGGUGAACUACACGCAUGAGCCUGCAUUUUAUAUAGCUCACGUGUGCUGAGUCGUAGCUCACGUGUGUCGUAGCUCACGUGAGCUACGACACACGUGUGCUGAGUCAUCCUCCACGCUAAAGCUUAGUUUACAGUCGAACCGUGGCCCCCUGCUGGAUCACGGCGGUGUUGCAGGUUGGUCUCAGAUAAUAGAAAUUCUUUGUUCGUUAAAUAUGAUUGAAGUCAUAUAUAUCAUGUGAGUGAUAUAUAUUUAGAUAAAUAAAAUGAUAAUAAUAUCAUUUAUAUUGAGAUUAUGAUUAUAAGGGCUGAAGAUUUCAUUAUGAUUCUUCUGGCAGUUAUUGCCAUUUGAAUUGCAGUUAAACUUCAAUAUUCACCAUAAAAGAGUGAAAAGUGAAAAUAUUAGUAUAAUAAUAUCUGCUUCACGUGAACAAUAAGAAAUGAAACGAUAAGAUUUUGUAAAUAACCUUCAUGUGAUGUCGAGCUGAUGAAAGUGAUUCAUUGUUCAGUCCUAACGAUGAUUGAUGAUUAAUCACAGAUUUAAAUGUUAUCACUGCUGCUUUUCCUGAAUUCACGCUUAUUGUUUUAAUUCACUUUGAUUCAAUAUCGAUUCUGUUGGACAUGUUUUUCUUGGUGAUGAAGGAGAGACUCACACAAACUUUAAAUCUCUGGAACCCAAACUCUGAUGUUUACAUUCAAACUUGACCCCGAAGUCGUUACGUCGAUGCACUUUGUUAUUUAAUAUGACCUCACAGUACAGUUGUAAAGCAGAGUAAUGUGCUGUCCAGCAGAGGGCGCUGUUGUCCUCAACAGAUGUUUCUUUAUGUUGCUUUAAAGUGAAAAUGGAGGAAACGAACAAACUAAACAAAACACGGUCAAAGUGGCGACGCACGGAACGUGAACUCGGCUGCCGACGGAAGUCACGCGAGACUGUCGCGUUCAAACCUCGUGACUUUGAGAUCUCUCACCAGGAAACAGGAAGUGACACAUUAACGUUUUUUUUUAAAUACAAUUAAAAAAAGAUUUAUGAAUAGAUGUUAGGAUUGUACAAAUACAUCAGUAUAAUAUCUAAAAACCUUCACAAACCUGGAAUAAAGAGGUGAAACCGAUGCCUUUAAUUUACUGCUGUUACAAACUGCACUGGUUUACAGUAAAGAUUCUAAAAUCACUGAAGGGUUAUAUUUGCAGUUUUAUCCAAAGAUUGUUAUGUUGUCAAAGAACAAUAUAUAAUAUGUAUAUAUAUAUAUAUAUAUAUAUAUAUAUGUACAUAUAUAUAUAUAAAGGGUUAGGGUUAUAUAUGUAUAUUUUCUGUAUUAAAUGUAUUUCUUGCUGUAUGAAGUUUCUGUUUCUGUGUAUUUUUUUCUUCCCAUUUUUAAAAUUUUAACACGUUUGUUUACGUCAUUUUCUUGAAUAAAAAACAGUUGAAAUUG